AUGAAUCAUAAUCUCCCCAAGGCUGCUCUUAGCAUGAUUAUUCCAACAUCUUCCUCUACACUUUCGCCUGUCUCAACUAUAAUUCCAAAGCUUCCUGAUUAUGAACGGGUUGGACCAACUGGUGCGAAAACUCUAUGGGUUGUUUUCUUAAUCAUGCUCAUUUCUUCAAUCACAUUUGUUGCACUUUCUUUUAGAGUGCCUGUCCAAAAACGUCUUUUUUAUGUUCUCACUACUUUUAUGACGAUUUUUGCCACCACGUUCUAUUUCGUUAUGGCAACUGGCAGUGGGUUUUAUUGGAUUAAUUCUAAUCUGAACUUAAUCCAAGAUGUCUCGCUGCGUCAAGUUUUCUGGGUACGCUUCCUUGAUUUAAUAUUCACCACGCCAUUCAUUAUUUUGGAUCUUGCAUUUCUUUCGAACAUGAAUGGUGCCAGUAUAACAACAGCACUAGUUUCAGAUACUCUGAUGAUUAUCCUGAGUAUAUUUGCGACAUUUAGCACAUCUCAAGGUCAAAAGUGGAGCUACUUUGCAUUCUCGUGUCUCGCCUAUCUGAGUAUUGUUUACCAAUUCGCCGUACCAGGUCGCCGCGCUGUGGCCACCAAGGCCAGCAGCACCAGAAAGCUUUUUACAGCCAUAGGAUUUUUCACUUGUAUUCUAUGGACUCUUUAUCUUAUUGUCUGGGCUCUCGGAGAUUGCUCUCACACAUAUGGCGUCAAUACCGAGAUUGUAGCCUUUGCUGUUCUCGACAUUUUGACUAAACCCGUUUUCGGUUUCUGGCUUCUCAUAGCACAUGGGCGAAAUUCCGGAAGUUUAGACGGUUUCUGGAGUAGCGGUCUAUCUACAGAGGGCGCUAUUCAGAUUGGCGAAGAUCAUUAA